GAUGGUGCGCGAGCGCUUGGCGCCAUUACCAACGGUGUAUCGUGGCAUUGGAAAAUUUAGGCCGUCGUGUCUCUUGGCGCGAGUCCGCGCCGCACAGCUUGCCUGAAAAGACCGGGAUGGUUGGCUAAUAUUUCUUGGCCCUUUCUUCGCCAUCUGGGCAUGUUAUACUCCGCGUCGCCUCAAUAUACGCGCGCUGCGGUGUGGUAGCCCCUUUCCUACUCUACCGUAAGGUCUCUGUAGCUUGCCUAUAUUAAUAAUAAGCGUUCAACAGGUCUACCGACUUAUUUAAUAGCAAGUAGCCUAUCUUAUAAGCAGGCUUAGUAGGGCUACGAGUCAGUGUAGAAUAUCGACCCCGGAUGGAGCAAUUUAGGGGACGAGAUCUAAAGUCAGCAUCCCACCCAAGACCUUGGCAGAUUUGGCAAACGCCAUUUCGAAAAGUAUAUCUGCCCAGUAUUGGUCUGGCGAGUUUCUCGGCAUGGACCGAAAAGAUAGAACGAGCCGUUUUGUUUCAGAGGCCGAGAAGCAUCUUGUCUCCACGAGUUCUUCCCGUCGAUCUUUUCUCUCUUUAUCCCUUUACGAUCCCUCGUUUAUCGAGACGUUCUCUUUUCCCUAUCCGAUUGUUUUUUAAUUAUUAAUAACCGGCAGCUGCUUUGCUGGCACUGAUUUGAGUUCCGCAGUUCUCGAAGCGCGCUUAUAUUGCGAAGGUCCUGCUCAGAGGGGCUUACCCGGUAAUCGCGAUGGAGACCCGACGACGGAUUGUCCAGCCAGUGAGCAGUCGACAGUGGCAGAUUGUCAAAAUCGUGCUGCAGUCUACGUCGCUCGUGUUUUGCAUUAUAGUCAUUGGGCUCAGCGUUGGAAAGACUUGGGAAAGCGAUUAUGGCAUAGGAAUACUGACGGCACCUGUCACCGCUGCGACGGCGGGCUGGACGAUCGCCGAGUUUGUGACUCUUUUUAUCCGGAAGCGGAGAGGCUCUCCAGGUCGUGGAAUUCACCCCGGCGCCCACGUCGGCGUGCAGCUUAUCAUAUUCCUGGCCAUGAUAUAUGUGCUAUUCUAUUCGUGUAUGCUGUGGAGGAGUGUCCAGAACGGCAUUGUACGGUGCAACGAAUGGGAACGUGAUCCUAAUGAUCCGGACUGGGUCAUCGAGGAUUCCUCUGAAAUCGACUGGCGUGGGAAUUCUAUCUACACCACGUCGUUUUACUGUCCGGAGAGUGACCGCAUUCUCGUCAACAGCAAGUCGUUCCAGUCAGCCGUGCAGGCUCUUAUCGCGUUCUGCGGUCUAUUAUGGGCUAUACACUUCAGCCUUUUUGUCCGGGCAUGCGUCGAAACCCAACGACGAAAUAGGAUCCAUCCUGUUGCAGUGGUAUACCCGCCACCGGUAUGGCCAGCGCAGUACGGUGUCAACUACCCCCCUGAGAGCUACCCUCAGCGAGGACCGGGACCGGCGCCGAUGAAGUCUUCAUACUAGGUACGGAUAAGCUCGCUUAUAUAAUUGGAUGCUUCGAGCAUUAAAUUGUCUUCUUGUUGAGACCAUAGUAAUGCGGAUUAGUAAAGCUAUUACUAAAUUCCAAGCUCAGAGUGAAGCUUGCAAUUUUUACUGUAAUUGAGCACGAAGCCGUGAGCAGGCGGCUAUGGUUUUUGAUACCCCAGGGAUUUAUGCUGUUACGAUUCAAGUAACUACUCGAUAUCUGUAUUCGGAGUUUGGGGGAGAGACAGGAUGACUAUGAUUGAGCGAGGAUGUAGUAUAUUUGAUACUGACGGUAUCAUAAAUUUAAUAUAUUUUAACUGCAGGAGGUGAAUUCCUCCAAUUGAUUGCUGAC